AUAGAGAAGUAGUAAACAGACGAGAAAGACCGGCAUGUUAUGAAAAGCUCAAAGAAUUUCACCGUUUAAUGCUUAGAAUUGAAUGACAGUUCUAUAAGAAAACAAUGGAAGACGAACAUGAGUCUGGAAAUUGGUCCCCAACAUCAGAGGAUCUGCUUGAAUCUCACUAUCCUUUGCACAGAGCUUGUCGCGACGGUGACCUCGAAGCGAUGUCUUUGUUGUUGUCAAAUGGUCCAGACUUUUACCAGGAGGACGGUUUAUAUGGUUGGACCCCUAUUCAUUGGGCAGCAAAUUUCGGAAAGCUUGCUUGUUUAAGAAAAUUGGUGAUCGAAAGAAGUGUUGGUUUGGAUACGAUAACAUCCAAGUUUUCACAAACAGCUUUACACUUUGCUGCACAGUCCGGCCAACCACACUGUGUUCAAUGGCUUGUGCAAUCUGGGGCAAACUUACUUAUACAGGACUACAUGGGAGAAACAGCCUUACAUAAAGCUGCCAGGACUGGGAAUAUGGAAUGUAUCAGUUUACUUAUAUCACAGGGAACUAAAUUGUCAAUUAAAAAUCACAAUGGGCAGACACCCAGUCAGUUAGCUGCUGCUUGUGGGUACCAGGAGUGUGCAGCAUACAUAGAGAGAGCAGCACAGGCAGAGCAUGCUCAGGGAGUGUAUGGACUCCCCACAUAUAAUCCGUCCAAUGAUCUCACACAAAAUAGUCAGGUUGUUACCAAUGGCGAUGCAAUGGAAUCAGAUGAUGACAUGGAAACUGACCUUUCUGUCUUACCUGAAGGUCACCGUGUCAAUCCACUGGCAGGAACAAAGAGGAGCCGGGAUGAUUGUGAUGAGGAGGAGUGUAAAAAGUCUCGACGUGAUGAACCAGAACAUUGGAGUAACCAAAACGGUUUUCUUCAAAACACUAAUGGCUUUAGUCACCAUGGCAACUAUCAAAAUGGCUUCAUAAAAAAUCAAAUGAAUGGAUAUAAUAACCACAUCAAUGGAAAAGUAAAUAAUGGUUUCUUACAGUUUCCCAACUUAUUCAGUCAAAAUGGCAGCAUAAAAAAUCAAAAUGGCCUUCCACAGAUGGAUGCAGAAAGUUUACCUGUGAACAACAAUAGUAUAUGUAUAUCAACCAGUACAGAGGAACAUUACAGUAGUAUUACUCAUCAACAGGGUUAUGACAGCCUCUUGGUGCAGUCAUUAGGGAACCAGUAUGAUGGCUCUUAAGACAGGGAUACAGAUCAAUAACAAAAGUUUCUGUUUAAAAGGGCAGUUAUAUUCUCUGUGCAUAUUGUUCUUUACUUGUCAAAUCAUGCUUUUUUUCUAUUAGACUGGUUUUAUAAUGUUAGUGUAGGUAUAGAUUUGAUAAAAACAAAUUCGCAUCUAGAAGCCAUUUUAUUUCUAGGACAUGUCAACAAUUUUUGAUUCUAUAUACUGCGAAAGUACAUUUUUUAUAUUCAUGGAUAACAAAUUUUUUGUUCAAGAACUUUGACCUUUCUGUUGAUAACAAGUAAUUAUAUAUUCAUAUAUUGACAUAAAAAGUCAGUUGUCAGUGUAUUAUAUUGUAUUUAUGAAUUAUUGUUAAGUUUUUUGUUAUAUAUGAAAGAAUAUUUAAAUACUGUAAUUAAGUUUUUAUUUAAUCUUUUAAGAGUCAAGCAAAACAAUCCUAUAAGUUUCUGAAAUUUUGAUAUUUAUCAGUAAUAAUGUUGAAUUAUCUCCCUUUUAACAUAUACAUAAAGUCUUUGAAAGAGAGGUCCCUGUCUUCUUUCCUUCAUAAAGCUAGCUAAUAAAGAACAAUUUUAAUGUAUAUAACAUUCUACCCAAAUUAUUAUAUGGACCAUAUGAGAUCUUAAAAGUGUUUUUAUUCUCAUAACCAGUAUUGACCAGGUUGUAAACUUGUUAUAUAUAUUUUCUGUACAUAAUUCACAGAUUUUAUAUUUCCAAACAUUUUAAAAAAAAUGUGUUCCAUGAACAUUGAAUGGUAUACUGCAUAAUUCUGGAAAUUUAAGGUCAUAUAAAUUAUAAGGAUUUUGAUUCAUAUAAUUUUUCAUCCCUUUUAGGACGGUAAUAAUAAAUCAUAGAGGAAAUGGUUUGUUAAUUUUUAACUUUUCAGGAGGAUAAAUUCCGCUAAGAUAAAAUCGUAAAAAUAUCCCUUUGAGUAAAGAUCAGUAUCAGAAAGAAUAAAAUAGAGAAAAAAAACCGUUGUAAACUGGUUUGGUUCUUGAAAUUACAAAUCUGAAUGAUGUGAAAAUAUACCUGUUAAUAGUAGCUUUUAUAUGUUGUAUCAUGUGAUAUCAUGAUAGAUAUGACAUAAGCUUGUAGAAUCUCUUUUGUUUUGUUUAUUUUCUUGCUUUAGCCAUAAUUGUAAUACUUUUUAUAUUUUUUGUUUAUUUUAGCACCUAAUGUUUUUACCUUCAUGUUUAUUUACUAUGCUUACUAUUUAAAGAUUUGAAAACAAUUUCAAUUAAUUUGGAUGAGUUUAUAUGAGUAAAACGAUUGUUUAGGAAGUACAAUUGAUAUUAAUCCUAAAAUUCUAUGUCUCAGACUUUUGUGUAUUACUGUUAAUUCAGAAAUUAUUGGGAUGUUUUUAUUAUUGCAAAAUGCAAAAGUAUCAGGUUUGUAAGAAAUAAAACUUGCAUUCAUAAUUUCAUUUGUAAUACUCCUUCACAAAAUUCUUUAAAUCACAUUAAUAAGAUCUUGCAUUUUUACCUUUACCCGUUAUCAGUGAUUUGCAGAAAUAAAUGCACACAUUAAUUUUUGAACUUACAGUAAUAAAAACACAGUUAUGAAGCAGUCCACUGAAGAUGUUCCUUUUAUUAGUCUGUACAUUUUUCUGUUUUGGGCCGUUCUGUUUUGUCAAUUAUAUCUACUGGUGAUUUAAACAAAAGCUGUAUUUUUUAGUAAAACUUUGAUGAAGUGGAGCACUAGCUAUUUAAUAAUGUAUGCUCCAACAUCAACAAAUCUUCCCUUUUUUUAAUAAAUGUGAUAAGGGGAGAUAACUUUCACUUGUCUUACUUUUCUUUUGUUAUUUAUAAUUUAUUUAGAUAUAAAUAUUAGAUAUUUUUGUUGUAAGUUUAUUAAAGUUCUGUAAAUUCAGACAUUUUUAUUGUGAAUCUUUCAUGACUGGUAAAACAAUUAUGUACUGUAUCUCAGUUUACAGUACUUGAAGUGCUAAAUGAUGGAUUUUAUUGAUGUCAAUACACCUUAUCGCAAUUGAUUCCAAAACGGUUAAGUUCUGCUGAAAUUAAGCAAUUUUUUCAUGACGUCAUAAUCCAGUCUGGGCCCUGUUUAAACAAUGUAUUGUGCAUUAAACACUUCAAAGAGACAUGUUUAAACCAUUGUAAACAAUUCAAACAAAGCAUUUUAAUGACUUUGAUUUGUGUUUCAAAACAUUGGAUCAUAAACUUUCAAAAUGUUCACUUUCUAAACUUUUUCCUGCAUCAGCUCAUUACUGAUGACCUUUGUUUUUGCGACAAAUGACCCAAACAGAAAGUUGUCAAAGUGACUUUUUUUUUUCCGAGUUGGAUUGAAUAGCAUUAAGGUGUAUUGACAGUUAAAUUUAUUUCUUAUACAUGGUUAUCUCUGUACUGUAAAUGCUGUGUUAGAAAUAAAGUCAUGAUUUAAGUUUUGAGUUAUUGAUGUUAAAAAAAAUGAUUUUACCAACAUAAAAUUUCUUCAUUAUUGAAGGACAUAGAAUAUGAAUGUCUAUCUAUUCAAUUGCAAAAAUAUAUUAAAUAUUUUGUAUUCGUCCUGUCACAUGAUUCCACAAAUUUUUAUUUGUCCUGUCACAUAAUUCCACAAUUAUAUUUUAAAAAAUCUCAAUAUGUUGCCAUUUUUUUACUUUCAGGACUUUUUAGUCUAAAUAGAUCUCAAAAUUCUUUUUUUAUCAUGUUGAUGUAUACUUUUUGCAUUUUUUGCCUGAAUGCAUUGUAUAAUUCAUAUUGAAUUAACCUAAUAAUUUAUUUUACAGUUUGUAAUGUGUUUAUAAGACUAAUAUAUUACAUGACUUUUUAAUAGUAAUGGACAAAUAUUUAAUUUAUUUUGAAUUCAAUUUUAACACAAUUUUUAUAUUUUUCUAAUUCAACAUAAGGUUAAAUUUUAUCAUUGUUUAUUCGAGAUGACCAAUCAAAUCAUAAUUUAUGCAACUUACAAAAAAGUUUGUAAAGGUUUUAUUUAUCUCUUGAUUCUUUCUGAUAUUAAGUUUUAUUUAUAUUAUUUUAAAAUUCAUACUUGUGUCACUCUUAACGAUCUUUUUAUAUUUUGUCUCGCACACAUUUGUAAGAUACAUUACAGUAUAAAGUAUGUUUUUAAAUGUUUGUUACUCAAGAACAAACUAACUAACCUAUCUUUAUUUUUUUCAUACUUUUGAUCUAUAUUAAUACAUUAUCUAAACAAAAAGAUGUCAUUCAUAAUAAUAGUUAUUCAUUUUGAAUUUCGCCAGUGACCAUCUAUUACGGAGGCACAUACAAAAUACUCUUUAUAUGCAGCUUAUUUUGUUAAUUUUCUUAUUGCAUCAUGAAUAAUUCAUCAAAAGGGAUAAGUCACUGUUGAAUUAUUACUCAUUUUGAUAAAUAAAAACAAUUUCUUUAGAAAGUAAAGUGAAGAAGGACGCAUGUUUGAAAUGUAAAACAAAUGAUGUUUAAUAGUUUUGUGCAAUAUUCAGUGUUUUGCCAAUAUACAUGUAUAAUCAUCACUGCCAAUGUAAUAUGUCAUUCACUGUAUGUUAAAAGCACCAAAGAUAUUCUACGUAUCACAUACAUAACACAGUAAUCAUAAGUAGAAAAGAAAAUUUUUUUUAAGAAAAAUGUGAUUGUGUAAAGAUAUUUUUCAUUUAGGGCUACUCCAAAAUUUAUCUGGUGGAGGUGGGAGAUACUCAAAUUAAUUAAAAUGGGUGGUUGCAUUUUCCUUAGAAUUCUGUAAGAAUUUUAAGUAAAAUGAAAAUUUUUAUUAUAUGGGUGGUCAGGGUUUUAAAAAGUGCCUCUCAUGCCCUCUUGAAUGAAGCAAUCGUCAACUUAUGAAGUUAUUUUACUGAUAUUUUUUUCCAAAUUAAAGUUAAUUCUUUCAAAAUACAAUGCCACUUCAUAUUUAGAUAGUAGCUAUAUAUGAUAUAUUUGAUGAGUUAUUAUAAUUAGUACUUUUUUUAUGCUUCAUUAACAUAUUACAUAUCAUGAUUUAAAAAAUCUAUUAUAGUGACUCAUGAUAUUGUAUCUGAUCUCAAAUUACAAUGGUUUUACUGUAAAUUUAAGAAAGUGUUAACAUAUCGGUAUACUUUGAAUAGAAUUCAUAUUCUGGAACAUUUUUUCAAUUUGACCGUGAAAAGAGUAGCCUAUUUUGGUUAAGUUGUAAAUAUACUCCAUUAAUUUUUUUUUAAUACAAAUCCAUAAUGUGACCAGAUCUAGACCACUUUGUCAUUUCGCAAAUUACUAAAUAAUAGAUUUUAAUAUCUGGUCCAAAACUAAAUACAGUAAUUGUGCAUUAUUUUUCAUCUUCUAUUACAAUAAAACUAAUUUGGCGGCAUCAUACAAAAAACUCCUCUUGAAAAAUCCCUUUAAAAAUAGGCAGAUACAAUACUACAAUAUUUUAUAGUAUGUGAAAGUCCAGUGAAUUAGAAAAGUUGUCAUUUACAACAUAAAUAAGUCCUAUUUUGUAUGUUAAAUUGUAGAUGUUUAUUUUAGAAGAAUAAUUACAGGAGGUCAAAUUAAUCACAGUAUCUAUCAUAUUUUGUGAUUUUUAGAGGUUUGGACAACUGUCCUGGAAGUUAAUGAAACCAUGAAUUGAAUUCAUUUAGGUUCUUGGACAUGUAAAUUUCCAUAUGUUAUUCAAAUCAAUGUGGCUCUAAUAUCUUUUGCCAAAACAAUAACAUUGUCUUUGUUCUGCUAUAAACAACAUUUACAUCAUUUUAUUUUUGCUGUUAUAUAAGCUUUAACUAAUACAAUAUAUUUACGCUGUCUCAUAAAUUUGUCAAUUUUAGCAGUAAACAUGAUGUAAUUUUAUUUUGUAUUGUAAGGUGCUUGACUUCAUGUUUUGAAUAUGUAAAUAUGUUUCCAAUUUGAUGUAAUUAUUUUUUUUUACUGAUGUUCAUAUUUUUAUUGUCAUGAAUUUUGUGACUAUGUAUAAAUGUUUUGACAGUAAAUUAGCUUUGAUACAA